AUGGAUCAAGAGACAGAGGUUUGGAUCUCUCUGGGUCACGUGUGUGGUAGCCUGAGGCGACGACGGCGCGAGCAAGGGCAGGUCACUGGGAGGGGAGGGGAGAAGGAGAGGCCGGGGAGGGGGAGGGCAGAGAGGCUAGGCCGGGGGGAGGUCUCAUGGGCUGGAAGGGCCGCUGGUCUUUCCAGAGGCGACGAUAAAGACGGCCCGAAAAACCAUAAAGAGACAAAUGAGGGCUGGGAAGAUGCUGUCGGUGGACUGCCGGAAGAAGGGGGAAGGGGGGUCAGAGUGGGUGGGUGCGUGGCCACAACCAAGGGGGGGGGAGGCUUGGGGUGGAAAUGGGGGAGAUUGGGGGGUCAAAAAGGCCGAAUCAAAAGCAAACGAAACAGCAGCGAAGAAUGGCGUACCUACCGUACAGUUUCGCGCGCAGCAGGAAAGGCAGUUAGGGAUGGGAAGGGCGAAGUGGAGGCAAAGAAGGGCGAGGGAAAAAUACAGGAGGAACGUCUAGCCAGAUAA